AUGGCAGAGCUGCCACGGCAAGUGGAUGUUAGAGCGCGCUUGGAGGAGCCCUGCUAUGCCUUCUCGCUGAACUUGGAGGAUGAGGCUUCCCUUGACAGCAAGAUGCUCCGGCAGUUCGAGGCAGAAAGCAGCGCCCGGCCUGACUCGGACUCCGAUGACUCUCCCGUGGUCCGGCCCCCUCGGGCGCGACCGGCGCAGGCGUCGUCGGCGUCUGUGGGGCAGCUGCCCACGCUGAUGACCUCGAGUUGGCGGAGCUCAAGCUCCUCGGUGCCGAUGAUGCUGGCCAGCAAGUCCUCCCAUGUGCGGUCCUUGACGUCUCUCAGGAGUGACAGCCAGCCCUUGGGCAGCAAGUGGCGGGACCAGGACCUGGACGGAACGGUGAGGUCCAACGCGGAUGAUGGGUCCGAGUUCGUGCAGGGUUGCCUUCCCAACUGGGCCACAGAGCGGAAGGUGAGGUCGGCAGCAGCCGUGGAGCACAAGCUCUCCUGGGCCUACUACCACAUGCGCUCCAUGCGCGUGGGGCUGCCGAAGACCGAGAUGGUGAAGAGGCAGACGGGUCAACAGUUCGAUUUCUGGAGGGACCUGCGCCCUCCCUUUCGGGUGGCGUCCAUUGAGAGGGACACGGAUGACACUGGCGGUGCAGAUGGGCCGUUGUUUAGAAUCUCUUACAGCUGCCCUUUGGAUUAUGUCACCGAGAGGAAGUGGGGGCUGCGGACUUCAGAGGAAGGCACUUUCAAGAACACAGUGCACGGAGUAGCAGAAGUCCGCAUCGCCAAGGACUUCCCGGAGACCUCGAAGCACAUUUGCGUGCUGAGCUGGGGCCGGCCGGCGCUCAAGUUCGGGGUCAAGCCGCAGCAAAAAGCGAAGGAGGUCCCGGCCAUCUCCGUCGACCCCAAGACCUGGAGCCCCGUCGCCGCUGAGUUCCACCUCAGGUCGAACUGCGGACGCCUGGCCAAGCUGCGUGACACGUUGCACCAAACCAACCUGAAGCUGGCCGAGGAGCGGCGACAGACGAGGCCUUGGCGACGAGCGCUGCUGAAGCCCUGCGCGACCUUGGCGGAUUUCGUGCAGGCAGAAGAAGGUGCGAACGAGUACAACCCAGACAGCCCCAAGCGAGAUUUGAGGCGCACAGGGCCUGCGCCGGCUGCAUCAACAUCGAGGGGUGAUACACAAGUUAGACCCUGCAGCAGGGAGAAGGCGGCUGGCCAUUGGCACGCCCCGCAAAAGCGGCAGUGCCGAGCCAGUGCGUCCUUAUGA